AUGGACAAGGGUAGCAACCUGGAACGGGUAUUGGGGAUGGUGUGGCGACCACAAGAGGAUGUCUUCGUAUUCUCGAUGACUUUCCGGGAGGAUCUGCAACGUCUAAUGGAUGAAUCCGUUGUGCCGACCAAACGCCAAGUCCUGAGGUUAGUCAUGAGUGUGUUCGAUCCAUUAGGGAUGAUCGCUCCCUUCGUAGUUCAUGGAAAGACGAUAAUUCAGGAAGCGUGGCGAUCCGGAAUUGUCUGGGAUGAGCCGCUACCUGCAGAUAUCGUACCCCGGUGGGAAAAGUAUGUAAAAUUACUUGGAACACUGGAUAUGGUGAAGAUACCCAGAUGCUACUUUCCCGGCUACAGCGCUGGAGCCUACGAUUCACUCGAAUUGCACGUUUUCGUUGAUGCUAGCAGUACUGCAUACGCCGCCGCAGCCUACUUCCGGAUAGUAGAUGGCGGUAAAAUACGCUGCAGUCUCGUGUCUGCAAAAACCAAGGUGGCGCCGAUUAAAUUACUUUCAGUGCCACGGUUGGAGCUACAAGCAGCCGUAAUUGGAACACGACUUAUGAAGUCCAUCAUAGCAAAUCACACGUUGCAGAUCAAGCGCAAAGUAUUGUGGAGCGAUUCUUCCACGGUCUUGAACUGGCUUCGGUCAGACCCGCGAAAGUACAAGCAGUAUGUAGCGUUCCGGGUAACAGAAAUUCUGGAUGAAACGGAGGUCAGCGAUUGGAAGAAGGUGCCCACGAGAAUGUACGUAGCCGAUGAAGCCACCAAGUGGGGUCAUGGACCAUGUUUCGAAGAACAGAGCAGGUGGUUCAAGGCCCCAGAGUUCCUGUAUAAGCCGGAGUGUAGCUGGCCAGAGGAAGCGGUAGAGUCGACAACAGCCGAAGAAUUAAGGAUGGUCCAUGUGCACCAGCUGCCACCGACGCAGCCAGUCAUCGAGUUCAAACGGUUUUCAAAGUGGGAAAGGUUAACCCGCACAGUAGCAUUCGUUCUACGGUUUGGCUGA